AUGGACGUUACCACUGCAGCCAAUCUCAAUCCAGCCGACGAAGACAAUAUUGCGUUGAGUCGUGAUCGUAGUGGCUUUGGUGCUGCCAUUGAAGGUAUUCAAAAGACCAUCGAAUCUGCAGCAAGUAUCAUUGGAGAAGAAAUUAGUGGUGGAGUGGAUGAUGAAACGAGUGAUGAUCUUAUUGAGUCUCAACAACAAGAAUCAUCCCUCGAAGAUGUUCAGCAUCUCUUGAAACCUUUCAAACCCAUUCAUGCAUUGAGAUUCUUUGGUACCAUCUUCCUCACCUACUAUUUAUGGAUAUGUACAAUGUUCCAUCAUGGUCAAUUCAUUUAUCCUUCAUCCUUCUCACAUUCUUAUUCGUUCUUGAAAGAUCAACUCUUGAAACCAAUCUUCAUGUAUGCACUUCCAAGUGAUUAUACUUGUAUUUGGAUGUAUUCAUUAUUUGUACUAUGGAGUGGUUUACAAUCCAUUCUUGCCAUGUCCUCUCCAUCGUAUCACAUGUAUUAUUCAUUCAUUAUGAAUAUCUUUUUAGUAUUUAUAUUGAAUGUCACCAAUUUAUUACCAGUUGUGGAAUGGUAUGAACAUUUCAUUGCACUCUUUACUUGUUCAUUGGUAGGAGGAUUGAUUUUAGCAAGUUUGUCCAAAACUAGUUUUACUUAUCAAAGUAAGAAGAGAAUGAAGCAAAUUCCAAUCCAUAGUGGUAUUGGUAGUGAUAGUGGUGGUAUUGGUAGUGGUAUUGGUGGUAGUACCACAGGUGCUGAGGAUUUGAUGAUGAAUAUAGGUCCAAGUUCGACGAGCUCGACUCAACCCACUACUACUGCUGAAACAAUGACACCACCACCAAUCACCUCUUCCUCAACCACCACCACUCGAAUUUCACUUCCAUCCAUUGAUAUGGGUUAUAAUUUAUGGUUCAUUCUCUCGUUGAGUGUGGUUGCUAAACAAUUUGAAUUGUAUGAAUACAUUUCAUAUCCUGUAGCAUGUCAAAUGAUUGCAACAUUCCUCAUUUGUAAUUACAUGAUUCAACUCUAUAUGAAUAGUAGUGUCAUGGGUUCCUAUGAUGGUGAAAAUGAUCUCAUGGAUGUCUUGGAUAAGAGUGUUGUAUUACCAUUCUUUAAUACCAUACCAUUGAUUCAUCAAAUUCAUCAAGUUUCAUUAUUGAAUAAUACUACUACUACUGGUACUACUAAUGGUACAAUUACUACUACUAUGAAUGAUUCCAUUCCCAUUCUACCCAUUGUACUCUUUUUAAUAGGUUACUAUAUUUGGAGCAUUUCCAAUACUCAAUACAUGUAUUUCAAGCAAGAGUAUUACUUUCAUGGAUCUACAACAAAUGAUAUGAAAUCUACGACAGUACUACUACCACAUCGUACCAUUUCAUCCUUUCCUUACUUUUUAUUGAGUAAGACUCUCACACCUCGAGUGGUGAGUUCUCGAGAUGGAUCCUAUAUUCUUGCUGAUAGUGGAUGGUUAUUGUGUCGAAAUAUUGAUUUGAGUGGAGAAUUAUUAAUGGUAUGGUCACUCUUUUUAUUGAAUAUUCAUGGUAGUGGUGGUCUUUAUGGUAUAUUUAAUACGAGUCGUACGAGUAGUGUUGGUGGUGGUGGUGGUCUUUCGACUGGAAUGAUGAACAUGUACCAUACUAGUAGUAGUAGUAGUACUUUUCAUUAUUUCAUUCCACUCUUAUAUGCCAUGUUGAAUACAUUGGAUAUCAUUACGACAGAGAGAAAUAGACACUUGUAUUAUUCGAGACAAUAUGCACAGGAUUGGACUCGUUAUUGUAAUAUGGUUCCUUACAGUUUGAUACCUUUUGUUUAUUGA